GGCGAAAAAAUAGAGAGAGAGAGAGAGAGAGAGAGAGAGAGGGAUCCGAAUCUGGACGGUAUACACGGAGGACAGUACUCGAACGGUUUCGGGACCGCGCGGCAGUCGAAAAUGAUACGGUUGUUUCCGGUGCUGGCACUCGCGGUUGGCAUUUGUCUGGCCAACCCGUUAAGUGAACGUGAAUCACGCGAAUUCUUGUCGUACAGAUUACCGAAUGCAACGGUUCCAACGCAUUACAAUUUGUACCUGGACACCGAUGUGCAUAUUGGAGUGUUUGAAUAUACUGGCAAUGUCCAAAUUAGUAUUACGGUGCUCGAACGGACCCAGCAGAUUGUGCUUCACAGCAUUCGGAAUGUGAUCAACCGGCUGGAAGUUCGCAACAGCAAUCAGCUGGCAGUUGCGCUCAGUGGAUACGACUUUGAUGAGGAUAAACAAUUUUUGAUCGUCAACACCAAGGAAGUACUGGCAGUCGGAACGAACUAUGUGCUAGAUAUUGAUUUUACCAACUCGCUAGAGCGCAAUGACUGGCUAGGAUUUUAUCGAACUUCUUAUGAGACUGCUGAGGGAGAGAUAAGGUACUUGGGAGUGACACAAUUUCAAGCGUGUAGUGCAAGAUCAGCUUUUCCCUGUUAUGAUGAACCGGGCAUCAAAACUACGUACGAUGUUAAAAUUGCCUGCGGAGUGGAGUACAAUGCGAAAGCUAAUUCGCCGGCAGUGGGAAUUACCCUUUUACCAAAUGGCAAAAAGCUCACCACGUUCCAAAGGACACCACGGAUGCAAACGUAUAUUGUAGCAUUCCUAGUUUCGGACUUCGCUUCCGAACGACAGGUUGUGAAUGAACCGAAUCAGCUGGCCAUUUCGACGGUGGCUAGACCAACGGCGAAAGAUCAACUAACCUACUCGGUUGAGGCUUCCGUUCGGUUUCUGCGUGCAUUCGAAGAAUAUUUUGACUACAGUUAUUCCUUGUCCAAAAUGGACAAUGUAGCCAUCAGGGAUAGUGACUUCUACUUCGGAGCCAUGGAAAAUUGGGGAUUGGUAACUUAUCGUGAGUCUUAUAUUGUUUUCGAUUCAGCAACCGUUGACGAAACCAGAAAAGUCAGUGCGGUUAGGAUUAUCGGUCACGAAUACACGCACCAAUUUUUCGGCAACCUGCUGGCUCCCAAGUGGUGGUCGUACCUUUGGCUGAAUGAAGGAUUCGCACAAUUGUACGAGUACUAUCUAACGGAGUUGAGUCAUCCAGAGCUAAAAAUGAGAGAACGAUUUGCAUCGGUUCGGGAAAAUGCAUUGCGUACAGAUGCCAGCGCGACUGUGCGUCCCAUGACUCAUUGGGUAGAAACUCCGGGAGAUAUCACCAGAUUGUUCGAUGGCAUUGCUUAUGCCAAAUCUGGCAGUGUUCUUCGUAUGUUCAACUAUGCCUUCACAGAAGCUACCUUCCGGAAAGGUUUACAAUAUUACAUCAAACAGAACAAAGACAACGGAGUUGUAGCAGACCAAAACUUAUUCGAUAGUCUAGCACAAGCAGUAGAAGAGGACGGUGUGCUCCCCCCUGGUAUGACUGUACAUGAAGUGGUCGGAUCUUGGUCAAAUCAACCCGGUGCACCCGUGGUUAAUGUUAAACGUAUCGGCGAUACAAAUACAUUUUCCUUCAACCAGGAGCGCUUCUACGAUCAACCACAGGAUAAUCCCGAACCACAAUACUGGUGGAUUCCGAUAAGCUACUUUACUCCCAGUAGCAACGGAAUAUUUAACUCGAGUGCCGCCUUCUGGCUACCAGCGGACAAGCAGGAAAUGGAAUACCAAAUUGAACUACUAGAGAACGAUUUUGUACUUAUCAAUCCGCUAGCCACAGGAUACUAUCGGGUAAAUUACGACCCUCAAACGUGGGAAAGCAUUAUCUACAAUCUCUAUGAGAACACCGGUUCCAUCGAUAAAGUAUCUCGAUCGCAACUGGUUGACGAUUCUAUGAAUCUAGCCCACGCCGGUCAGUUAGAUUACUACACAGCAUUUAAAAUAUUCGAUUAUCUACAAUAUGAAGUCGAAUAUGUACCAUGGGCAACGGCAAGCACUAAUCUGAAAUUUUUGAAACGAAUGCUGCGCAACGAUUGGAAAGCAUUAAAAACUUUAGAAAGCUACGCAGCACAACUAACCGCGAAUAUUUUCUUGGCGUAUGGCUACGAGACCAGUGCGGAUGAUUCGACUGACAUCAAAGAUGUACGCUCGAUUGCUUUAGAAUGGGGCUGUGAAUAUGACCCUCAGUGCCAGACAGAAGCUGCUACACGGUUUGAGAACAUAAGAAAGAAAUCUUUCUUCUCGUUCAAAUCCAAAGCUGAGCAGCUCAUCGUUUGCACUAAGAUCCGCGAUAUCGGUUACAACGAUUACAUCAGUUUGCUUGAGUCUUUCAAAGGCACACCUGAUUAUGUGGAACGAAGUCACUUUUUAGAAGCCUUUGCUUGCAUCAGAAAUAAAUCUAUUAUGCGAGAGUAUUUGAACGAUAUUAUGACAAACACUUUCAAGGGAAGUGAAAAACUGCAAGCUCUACAAACACUUUACCAGGCCUCGUCGGAAGGCAUGCAGACAGUAAUGGAACUGAUUGACAAUUCAACCAACCUGCUGAAACAACUUAAUUCUAAUCGUCGUGAAACCUUUACUUUCCUGGAGAACUUAGCCGAAUACACGGUGGACCCCGCGUCAGCUGCUCAGCUGACGAAUGUUGUCCAGCGGGAGGCACCAGAAUUACUAGAAACAGUGCAAGCCAAGUUACAGUACAAUCAAAAUUGGUUUCAAAGAAAUGCAGCAAUUGUAUCGGAAAUGAUAGAAACACCGUCGGAAGUGACAUUUGAAUUUUCUCCAUUCCAACGACAGCUACCUACCAUUAUAGCAUACAAACCGACGUCGUCGUCGUCGCAGUUCCUUCGUGUUGCUCCGCGAUCGGUGUCCGCCGCGGCCGUACUGAAGCAAUUUCAGCAGGAACCUGGUACCUACCUGCCUACCUACCUAUGUGUGCGGUGCGCCGCUGCCGCCGCCGCCGCCCGGUAA